UAUUUGGCACACUCAUCCACGUAUUUUUUUUUUUAAUAUUUAACCCAUACAACAUGGCUUUACGUGGAUGUUUCCCUGCACGAUUACCCUGCCUGAUACAGCGAUGCCUUGUAAGCAAAGAUCUUAAAUGCCAAGUAUGUACCACAGCGGAUACAAUUACUGUAGCAGAAACAACAGCUGACAAACGGGAAAAGCAUGUGCAUGACCAGGAUGGCAGUUCACCAAGAGAGAUCAGAGAAAGGUUCAUCAGUCCAGAAUUGCUUCCACCAAUGGGCACAAGAUCCAAACUCCUGGAUUACUUAGAGAGAAAGGAUUGCUUUAGAAGGCGUAAGGUCCUGCACAUUCCAGAAUUCUAUGUUGGGAGCAUCAUGGCAGUGACAGUCGCUGAUAGCUUUGCCAAGGGUAAAAGCAAUCGGUUCGUUGGCAUCUGUACAAGGAGAGGAGGUGUUGGACUUGGUGCAACAUUUGUCCUUAGAAAUGUUAUCAAUGAUCAAGGAGUUGACAUCUGUUAUGAGUUGUACAGUCCACUGAUCCAGAAGAUUGAAGUAUUAAAACUUGAGAAGAGGCUAGAUGCUGACUUGAAGUAUCUUCAAGAUGCAUUACCUGAGUAUUCUACCAUUGAUCCCAACAUGGUUCCUAUCAAACAUCCACCAAACAGAGCAAUUCCAGUCAAUCCUAUCAAGGUUCAGAUGAAGCCCAAGCCUUGGUACAAACGCUGGGAGAGAGAGGAACUACAAGGAGUCGACUUCUCAAUCCUCAGCGAGGAGAAAUUGGAACACGCUAAGCAGUGGUGGUUACCGGACUAUAAACGCAUGGAUCUCCUGCAACACUGGGAACUGCCGGAGAACAUCAGGAGUGGCAUUGAGAGAGAAGUAGAGCAACAUGAAAGUGAACUUAGUUAUGAGAAGAGUAAAAGAUGAUCUACUGAGGUAGUCUGGCUUCAGAUUUGUUGCUGUAUAACUACAAUGAAGGCCACCAGGGUCAGAAUGGAAGGCUUGAGGAUCUUCAUGAGGUGCUAAAGUAGAAUUCCAUCGUUUAUUGUUCAAAAAUAUAUUUAGUGUGUUGCUG